CGAGUUCAGUGUCGUCAGUCAGUGUGUGGCCGACUGCCGCAGGUGUUACAUGCGGUUCGUGCGUGUGGGUGGUGUGGCCAUGAGCGGCAGCAGGAAUACGACUGCGGUGGAUUCGAUGUAGAAGAAGAAGAAGUCGUAGCAGCAGCAGCAGGAGUAGUGGCGGCGCCCUUUAGUUUAGAGGCUGGAGCCUGCAACGCUCCGAAGGUAGUUCUCCCCGAAUGGAGGCGGAGAAGUCCUAGCCCCUUAUAGUAGUAGCGGUGUUCGUUCCAGCAGUGGGAGAACAUGUCCCUACUGCUGCUGGUGGCCCUCCUCACACCACCAGCUGUGCCGCCGCCGUCGACGGUACUCCGGUCGUGGUCGUCGUCGUCGUCGUCUUUACGUGUUUGCAAAGUGGCGUUGCCCGGAUAAGCGAAAGGAAAUUGGAAAUUGAUCCGUAUAUGAGUUGUAUCCCAUCCCAUCCUAUCGCAGCAGCAGCCGUCUCAACUCCCUCAUGAUCAUGUUCGUCUUGCCGAGAGAGUAUUAGAUGCUGCAGCAGCUAUUUAAUUAAAUGAGAAUAAUGAUAGUCGUCUCGUUGUCAUGAUUUCGCUGGUGGAGGGCAGGAGAUAAAGCUGUUUGGUUGUUUUGUGAAGGAAAAAAAAAAAAAGAGUAGUGUGUUCUCGUUGGCCGUGUGUGUGUACGUUGGGCGUCUCUAACUUCGGUCUAGUGCUGCUGCUGUUUCCUCCGAACUUCCCUCGUGAGGAUCUUUUUCGUCGUCUCCUGGGCCUUCCUCACAGGAGAAUAGACCCACAGGCACGCACUCCUCUCACUCCCCCCCUCUCUCUCUCUCUGUGCCACUUCAGAGCUGCCAUAAGGCGUUCGUUUUUUUCCCCUCUCGACGAAUUCGUCCCCCCAAAUCAUCAGAACCCGAUGUUCUGAUGGGCAUUGUCACCAUCAUCCAAAUCGUCAUCAUCAUCAUCAUCUUGACUCACGGACCUCGCACACACACCCCCUCCCUCCCUCCCUCCCUCCCUCUCCCGUUAUCAGUGCAGUGCCGUUCUCGUGAAAUCUGCUCGUGUCUUGAAAGGCCUGUGUUUCUGGUAGAAAGAGAAAUAAAUAGAGGGCUUGUCAUUCGGGGCGCCAUCUGAAAAGGUUUAUUUUAUUAUUUUAGUGUUGAAAAAAGUGUCCAGGGCGUCGAUUAAAAGAUUUUGAGAUUGAGUGAAGUCAAGUUGCCAAGAGCAGUGAGUGUCAAGACAAGUAAGAAGAAGAAAGAGGAAAAGAGAGGGCGAAGGUGGCAGUGGUUCUAAUUGAACUAGUGUCUAGGAGAGGGCUAGAGAGAGAGAAGGGUUGGUGGGAGAGAGAGAGAGAGAGAGAGAGAGAGGAAAGUAGGGGGAGCUAAGGAGUGAGAAGAAGAAGAGAGGAGGAGGAGGGGGGGGGAAAGCAAGAUGGCUACCCGUCACGAGCCCCCUCACCAUCAUAUCGCUAAGAAAUCCUUCACCAAAAUGACGGCAAGUAAUGGUCCUCGGCCUGGUUAUCCUGGUGGUCAUGCGGGGGGCGGUCCACCUGGCAAGGGUGGGCGACCCCCAUCCAACCCGUGUCAGGGUCCUGGUGUUGUACAGUAUAGACAUGCCCCCCACCCCCCACACUCUGCACAACCACAGCCACCUCCACAGCAGCAGCAGCAGCAGCAACAACAGCAGCAGCAGCAGCAGCAGCAGCAACAGCAAUCUCAGGGUCCACAACAGGGUCCUGGCCCUCACCAAGCAGGUUCCCAACAACCGCCUCAACAAGGUGCGGGAACAGCUCAGUGGGUGGGGCCAGGACCUCAGCAAAAACCACACCACCCACAGCAGCAACAGGCAGGCGGGCCGCAGCAAAGUAGCGGGCCGCAACAGGGUGGGGGUGGCGGGGGUGGAGGAGGGGGUGGAGGGCCACAGUAUGGCACUGUAAGGUACCAAGGCCCCCACCCUGGCCCACAUCCUGGCUCACACCCUGGCCCACACUCAGGACAACUACCUUUACCCACACAGCCUCCUGCCACUUAUCCACCACCACCAUCCACAUACCAUCACCAGACCUAUAGUGGCGGUGGUGGGGGAGGAGGUGGUCAUGUAACUGGCGUUUCCCCAACUACCACGCCAACGUCAAGCAGUACAGGUGGAGGGAGUGGUGGUGCAGGUGGUGGCGGCGGUGGGGGUGGGAGCAGCAGUAGUUAUUCGGCUGCUUCUCCUUCGCAACACUCGCAUGCCAGUAGCUAUGGUGGAGAACAGCUUUCCAGAACCAACCUUUACAUCCGUGGCUUAACUCCAGACACCACUGACAAGGACCUUGUUGAUAUGUGUAAAAAAUAUGGAAACAUCAUAUCAACAAAGGCCAUUUUAGACAAAAAUACUAAUAAGUGCAAAGGUUAUGGGUUUGUGGACUUUGAGUCUCCAGCAGCAGCUGACAAGGCAGUUAAAGGCUUACAGGCAGCCAACAUUCAGGCGCAGAUGGCCAAACAACAAGAGCAAGACCCAACUAAUUUAUAUAUUGCGAACCUCCCACCGCAAAUGAAUGAAGCAGAACUGGAACAACUCCUUGCCCAGCAUGGACAGGUUAUAUCUACUCGAAUAUUAAGGGACAAUAAUGUACAGUCAAGAGGUGUUGGUUUUGCAAGAAUGGAGAGUAGAGAAAAGUGUGAAUUAAUUAUUCAAAUUUUUAACAAGAAAUUACUAAGGGGAGCGAAAGAAGCCCUUUUAGUAAAAUUUGCCGACUCUGGUAAUAAAAAACGGAAUCAGUAUAAGACUAAGGAUCAAGCUAGUUGGGAACGCUCUGAAGUAAGUGACUCAUUGAUGAAAAAUUUUUUACUUACAAUGAUUGCAGCACAUUCUCCCCAAUCUACAGGUUUACCUUGGCCUAUUCCAGUGUAUGAACAGCCAUCUUUACUUCCCCAAAAUGGUACCUUAAUGCCCUCAGUAGCCCCCGGUACAUUCCGGCAGUAUCCCCCGUCCCAGGUGCCACCAUAUCAGCUCCAGCCACUUUACAUUAUGCAUCCUCAAACACUGCAGCAUAUGGACGUAUCGUCUCAAAUGAUGCAGACGACAAUGGACACUAGCCAAAUUCCUUAUUCGCCUGUAAUACCAACUUUGACAACUCACAUGCAACAGUUGCAUCUAACACCUGGCUCUCAAGGAGGGUACUUAGCAAGUGGGGGUUAUGCAGCUUCACCAUAUGCACCUAUGAUGCAACAUAUGACCAUGAUGGAUGAAACUGCUGCCCACUCCCCUGAUGAAUACCAGCCUUACCCCACGACCCCUGGCCCUGUUCAGUGCCCACCACAACCUAAGUAACAGUGUCUGAAGCUAGGAACUGUUAUUAAAGGCUGCACUAUCUUCUUAUGCUACGGGAGAAACCUCAGAAGAAUCACGGAGUCAGAACUGUGUAGGCUUAAGGCUACACAUAACUGCUCGAUUAAAAACACAUGUUUUCACAUUCAAUUUAAACAAUCUUCUCAGAGCAAAUCCAAUAAUAAAAAAGGUGCAUCCAGCGUUAUACUGAUUUAUGUUUAUUUCAUCUGUGGUGAGCCUUGUUGUAGAAAAUUGAGUAGUCCUUACACUAAAGUCUUUCUGAAGGGCUACUACAAGGAGAAUAGGAUAUGCUGGCCCUUUCUCUCCCGGUUACCCCAAUGCAUACAGUGCUGCUGCUGAUGCCGUGAGUCUUAUGGCAGAAGUUAGAAGUCCUCCCUCACAGCAGCUGUUCUCCGGGUAAUUACACUGUGCGUGGGGUCAGUGGAAAGGAGCUUGGGUGGUUGUAAGAGACCUGUGAUUCGUAGAAAGAACCGUAGAUUGAUAGUGUAGAAAAAAUUUAUUCAGUGUUGAAUAAGUGAAACCAAUGGUAUUUUUUAAUGAAAGUGACAAAUUACUGUUUUGUUAUACUGUAGAAAAGCUUUAUGUAAACUGAAAAUUACACUACUGUAAUUAAAUAGAAAAGAAUCAGUUAUUGUUGGAUACAUAAUAACAAGCUCAUGAAGAUGAUUACACUGUGUGAUCUAUUUCUCUCUUGAUUGCUGUAAUAAUUUUUUUCUCAUUAUCAUUAUUAUCAGGAAGGAUGUGCAUGUGAAUGAUUUUAUUGAGUGUUUAUUGAGAUGUUUCUCUUGAAAAAAAUCUUCCUUCUUGACGAUAUUUUUUAUACAAGUGCUAGUGAAUAUAAUUGGCUGCAACAUGACACCUCAUGUAUAGCAGUUCUUUGUUAGUUGUUUACUUAAAGAAUAUUUAAAUAUAGCUCAAAAUUGCCUAUUAUGCCAUGUUCAACUGGUAGAAUGUGUAGAAUUACAACAAAAAUCAUUGAUAUCCACUGGAGGGUUACCGCCUUUGAAGUAUUGUAGAAUAGUGAAAGUAUGCCAAACACAGUCCAUUUGUUAAUCCUAACAACUUAAAAGAAUUUUAUCUACUGUAAUGCAGCAUACUUGAAAAUUGACUUCCAUUUAUAACAUUUCCUUACAAGUAAUAUGCCAAAUAUACAUUUAUAUAAAAUAUAGAUGUGAUGUAAAAUUACCAGUUCUUAUUAGGAAUCAAGAUUGAAACUAAAA